GCCACGCGUACGGUGGAGGAUUCACCGGAGGCGGUCCCGGCUCGGAUGGGGUCGCUCCUUCUCCGAGUGCCGACAUUCCCCGCGACUGCGGUCACGAACAGGGGAUAUCUUGCGCCUGUCACCGGGUAGAGGGACGUGACGUCGGGGCGGUGAGCUGGGUCGUAACAUAUGUCGAUGUCACCACCGUGGGGGGGUCCCUUUUAUAAGAUUAGCACGUAGGGCCAUCGCCCUCUAAGUUUUCGAACAUGAUGAGAAGACACGUCUUCUCAUGCGCAUUAAAAGGGGCGUAAGGUGCAUCCACGGGCAUCAUUUACUUCAUUGCGGAGUAAUUGCACCGGACACGCAGUACAUACACCACCGUAGACUUGUGCUGUUUUGACAUCACAGAACAGGCCACCCACAUUAUAGCGUGAUCUUUCUGCUGUAUCAUGGCAUCAGCUGGACCACACAAAAAAUGGAUUUCCAAGAAUAAUAGCAAUUGAAGAACUUGCAGAUGUCGUCAUGCCGUGUUCUUGGUGGUAGGAUCUGGUCACAAAUCGACAGAAGAAGUAUUCGAUAACUGUCGUCAUGGUAAUUUGUGAUGGGAAGAUUUGGCGCACAGUGGUAGAAUUCUUUGGAUCUCAGUCAGCAACAGCAACAGCACAGGAGAGUCGUCCAGCCAAAUACUACCUUUAUAUAGGCCACUCGGGCGCCGACCUUUUGGACUGUCUUAACUUUUCUCCCUCGUCGCUCUGUUCUCUUCGCUACUCCGUCCAUCCUUGAAACUGGGAUCGAAAACGAGAUACGAUUCACAUGUUGUUUUUUUUUUUUAUCUGUCUUGGAUGUUUCUGUGAACACGAUUGGGAAUCUUCUGCUUGGGAUCAGAUGAACAGCUUCAAAAAAAGAAAAAAAAAAUAGAUAAGUGUAAAGUUAUCAUCUUUUCUGGCUCAGCUUGUUCCUUGUUUUGUCUUGUUUCCCUGGUUUUCCAAUACAAAUCUGUGACUUAGAUUUCAGGUGGGAAACUUCUCCAAACAUGUUUUAGCUUUGGAGAAAAAAGUGUGCUUAUCUUGUCAUAUGGUUGGCUGGAAAGAUAAAAGAGAUGGACGGUGCUGCCUUGCCACUUUGUCAGCAGUGCUCGUGAUCUUUUGGACCACUUUCUGGAGAGAUUACAUGUGAACGAGCCCCAUGAAUCACCUACCUGUUGGUUGCAUUCAAUCUGCCCACUCUUUUAUCAGCUAAUCUAACUAGAUUUGUGGAAAUGGGUUGUCUGCUAUCGACUCCCGGGGAAGCCAGUCCAUUGAGAAGGGCUGCAAGUAUUGGGGAGGUGGCCGUGUUUGUGCCCGGAUUCCGCAUCCCUGAAAGCGUAGAUUUGUCUCAGCCACUGGGUGAUUGUUUGUCGAGAGGCCUUCUCGAUCGCCUCUCGAGUCUAAGAACUCGUAUGGUCACCAUGGCUGCUCAAGAAGCACGACGGUUCACAAAGCCAAGGAGAAUAACAACUACAAGACAUGGUUCUGCCUUGAGCGAACUUUUGCGUGCUCUUGAGGAUUACUUGCCUGUUCUUCUGGGACUAGUGAAGGAUGGUUGCCAAUUGAGAGACAAGGUGCCGUUUGUGUGGAUUAACCAGGAAGAUGAUGCAGAGGAAACUGCCAUGACAAAUGCUUGGUAUGAGGUGUUGUCUGUGCUACAUUUGAUGGCUAUGCUAUCUUUGUUGCAAGCCAAUAGGUUGCUUCUUCCCAAGAUAUCCAGCGAGGGUUAUCAGCUAAAGAUAUCUGAAGAGAACAGAAGAAAAUCGAUUGAUAUUUUGCUGAAGGCAGCAGGGUAUUUGGAUUGUGCCAUUCGACAUGUGCUCCCUCAAAUAACUCCAGAACACAGGAAGGACCUUCCACUGGACCUGGAAGAAGGAGUUCUUCGAGCUCUAUGUUUGCAAGCUCUGGGACAGUGUGUUGAUAUCCAGCUUGGGAUGGCAAUAGAUAGUCCCAAGGCAACGCUUGCUGUGAAAAGGCGAUUAGCGUGUGAAAUGGUCAAUUACUGGCAUCAGGCUCAGAACAACAUAGCAAAGCUUCCUUCUACAGAUGGCUGGGCUAAAAAGCAUCAACUCUUUAUUAAGUGGAAAUAUGCUGAAGCAAAGGCUGCUGCAUACUAUUACCAUGGACUGAUACUUGAUGAGGGCAACACAGAGAAAUCCCAUGGAGUGGCAAUAGCUGCUUUGCAAGCAUCAGAAGAGUAUCUGAAGGAAAGCAAGAAAGCUUGUGAAACUUUCAAUUCAACACCUCCUACAUCAAGGAAUCCCCCUCUUUGGGGAUCUAUGAAAUAUCUGUCUGAGAAGAUUCCUAAAGAUGCAUCAAGUAAGAUACGAAUCAAUCAAGAUCUUUACAGUGAAGAAAGGACAUUCAAGACAGCACCUACUUUGCCAGAUUUUGCUUUAGCACUAAAGCCUGAUGACUACCAACUCCCUCCGUUGGAUCCCUUAUGGAACAAGGAGGAUCACCACUGCUAGAAACUAGCAAAGGGAGAAAGCAUGGAAAAUGUGUCAGCAACAUGUUCUUCAGCAACAAUCAUGCUAUAGACUAUUGGAUGGAAACCAGUUACAUGUGUACAUUAUUUGUUGAUGUAAGAUGGUGUCCAUUUGAAGGAUGUUGAUAGUUCUUUGCCAAUGAGGAAAUCAAAUAUUCUUUUCUUUUGACUACAGCUUUGUCA